GCGCAACAACCGGCGCUGUUGGAGUUUUUAAGUGAAUUUUGUAUCUGUAUAUAUAUCAAGUACCCGCCUAAAUCCAUAAUUAAAGCAUUUAUAGGAAUCCCAAGCAGUGCCUUCCGACGUGUAACAAAUUGUAAACAUUACAACUUCUGAACAAUAACGUAUAAACAUAUGUACAUAUGAAUGUAUGCAUGCGAAAUUAUGCAUCAGCAGAGCCAGUAACCAAUAACAGUGGCACAAUUUGUCGGCAAUGCUAUUAAAUUGAUUGCAAUAAGAUGCGCGUAAUUGAGGGCAAAGUUGUUGUGCUUGGUUCCCGAGGCGUGGGCAAGACGCGUUUGGUCAUCAAAUACAUCAAUAGUACAUUGCAUCGCAAUGAGGAACCAACGAUAGGAGUAUCAUUCUUUACAUGUAAAAUCAUGUUGGACGAAGUCAAAAUCAAAUUGCAAAUAUGGGAUACAGCUGGCCAGGAGCGUUAUAAAGCAUUGGCACCUAUGUACUAUCGCAAUGCAAACGCCGCCAUUUUGGUAUUCGAUUUAACGCAAUAUAAAACAUUUGCGGAAAUUAAAAGCUGGAUACAGGAGCUGCAUCGUAAUGUUCAAGACCCAAUGAUAUUGACACUUGUGGGCAAUAAAAUGGACAUGCACGCUGAGCGUGCGGUCUCUCGGGACGAGGCCCAUCUUUUCGCUAACUCCAUAGGAGCCACAUACUUUGAGACCUCAACCGAAACAGAUCAGGGCCUGGAGCAAGUGUUCCUUUCCACUGCAUUGGGACUCGUUCGUUUGGCCGAUGAAGGCAAAAGUCGUUCUUUGCGUUCGUUUCAAUCAUGUGAAUCGAUUUAUAAAAACAAUAACACUGCCUUCAGUCAUCUCAACUUGGAUAAUGGAAGUGCUGCAUUUCGACUGCCUUAUGUUCAUAUAGGUAUACCCGUCGAUGGCGAGGAUGUGAGGACCAGUGGUGAGGGUCGCCUAGAGACGCCUUCAUGGAGCAUAGAACACAUUGCACUCGGCGAGGUGGAGCAUACCAGUUGGUGUUGCUAGCUAGUAUUAAUUACUUGAGAAGUGAAGAACCAAGCCAAGUUCAGACUUCACACCAUAUUGUGAUGUUGGCAAAGCAAAUUUACUUUAGUUUUUACAAACCAACUGCAAAUCCUUGCAAAUAGACUGGUAAGGCUUUUGCUCGAAUAUGUUCAUGGGUGAUUUAUGCAGGGCAUUGAAGCGCUUGACAAGCAAAACCAUUGAGUUAAGUUCAAGUUGUCUGUGAAGUUGUUUUUAUUUAUAAAAAUGUAUACAUAUGUAUUAUAACAAUUGAUAUAACUAAUAAUAAUAUUAAGUAGUUUAAAGAGUGAGGCAGGAGGCUUUUCAAAAACUCAUUAGGCUGACAAGGCAUGCCAUGUUCAUGGCAGUGUUGCAAUUUAAAACAAUAACGAGCUUACAAAUUGCCAGAUGAUGCCUGACACGCUCAUAAAACUGAUGUAACUGUGGCUAUCUUCUAUCUUAAACAUACUAUAUAAUGAAUUUAUAUUUAUCAUCAUAAGCAUAAGCCUAAAACUCAUGUGACACACAUAAACAAAGCCACAAAAACAUAAGUAUGUCCUGUCAUCUCAUCAACAAGGAACAUCUCCAACACAUAUACACAGUAAUUUCAUGUACAAAGGCGUUUUAUAAUCUAAAUAUAUGUAUGCAAAAAAUGUA